CCGACAUUAUUUUAGCGUCGGCACUUCCGUGAUUAACUCAUGUCAGGACUUUGCUGUGGACAUUGGCAUCAAUAUAACCCUAAUUUCAAUUCCAUAUCUUCCGACGUAUUCCUCGGGGCACGUGGUUCGAAUUAUGGAACCCGGAGAACACAAUUACAGCAUUGUGUUUCAAUUUGAAAAAGAAUGGCACGAACGAAAUUUUCUGAAUUAUAUGCAGGAAAGAUGGACAGACAGUUUCGUGUACUCAGCAGUCUAUGUUCUCGUUGUUUUCGGGGGACAAUUUCUGAUGAAAAGACGUCCGAAGUAUGAAUUACGUCCAUUUUUAGCGCUAUGGAGUGGAAUUUUAGCUAUAUUCAGCAUAGCAGGUGCAAUUAGGACAUGGCCUGAACUGAUUUCUGUGUUGUCAAACCAUGGUUUGCAAUAUUCUGUUUGUGUUCCAACGUAUUUCAAGGGGGUCACGAGUUUUUGGUCUUUUUUGUUCACUGUGUCCAAAGUCUAUGAACUUGGUGACACUGUCUUCAUCGUUUUAAGAAAGCAACCUCUUAUAUUUCUGCAUUGGUACCACCAUAUCACAGUUUUGAUUUAUGUAUGGUAUAGCUACACGGAUCACACUGCACCAGGAAGAUGGUUUAUGGUGAUGAACUACACAGUACAUGGAUUUAUGUAUUCAUACUAUGCUCUAAGGGCCCUACAGUUUCGCUUCCCUAAAUUUGUGAACAUGGUUAUAACAUCAUUACAGUUAACACAGAUGAUCAUUGGAGUGCUGAUCAACAUCUGGAUUUACAAAAUUAAAGGCAGAGGUGAAUUUUGUCAACAAAGCUAUGAAAACUUGUUGUACUCCUCAGUAAUGUACUUUACAUACUUUGUUUUAUUUGCACAAUUCUUCUUUACUACAUACCUCUCGAAAUCCGCUUAUCGACAAAAGGGUGAUUAAUAACAGUCAACAUUUAGCAGCUUAAUAAAUAUAGGCACACGGUUUUCUCAUUCGGACUACACUAACUGAAAAAGGAAACCAUCUAAAACUUACAUUGAUUGAGUUUUAGCUGGUUGUUGCAACUUUUUCCAGGAACAGGCUGGACAAAAGUAUAUUAUUCCUUGUUGUGUGUUUGCAUAGGUGGUGUAUAUUUCUUGAUGGGAUUUCAGAAAUAUGUAUUGUCAUCUGAUAUUGAACUCUUGAAGCUUCAUAUUCUUGUUGACUUUUGUCAGAAUAAUCUAAGAAGGGCAUUUUAACAGUUCUGAUGGAAUGGAGCUUAGAAAGACAUUUGCAUUGCUACACAAGUGAAGUUAAUAGGCCUACUUUUGCCUUUUUAUUUUAAAUUUUCAUUUGAUGCUAAAAUGUUUUUGCUCUGACGACAGCUUUACUUGUACUGUUGAGUUACACUUAACUUGUAAAGUUUAAAUGUCAAGGUUACUGCCGGUACCUUACCUAGUGUUGCCUUAUGCUCAGCCCUUUUUCACUUUCUAUAUCAACAAGAAUACCUACCAGCUCAGAAAUGAUAAAUUCUCCUAAAUUCUUUAGCCUAAAGAAAUAUGAAAUAGGUUUAUUUUUAAUUCAUGUUCUAGCCUCGUGGAUUUCUUUUUAAUAGACUCGGGA